AUGAUUGCUAGUGCAUUAACACGUAAUUCAGUUAAUCCUGUAUGGCUUAAUGCAAAUACAACAUUAACUAAUUAUCAUCAAUCAUAUUCAACAAUUAAAAAAGAAGCUGCAACACAAACAUAUAGAAUUUAUUAUCCAAGUGCAAAAGAUAUUGAUUUAAUUAUAACACAAAAUAAAAAAUUAUUAAAUGAAAAAGAAUUAAAAGAAUAUCGUCCAAUAUUAACAUCUACAAGUCCAGGAAAAGGAUAUUGGCGACAACAAUUAGAUCAUAUUUGUGCUCAUUUAAAAACUUAUGCAGUUAAUCGACCAGAUUUUCAAUCAUUGAUUGGUGAACCACAUAUGGGUAAUAUGAUUCAUGCAACUCUACAUGAAAAUGAAUAUCAAGUAACUAUACAAACAGUAUUUCGUAAACCAGAAAAUCUUUCACAAUCACCAUUUUUUAUUAAUGAAACAAAUGAAUAUUAUCCAAUAAAUAGUGAACGAAGUUCACCAUAUUCAAAUACAAUUUAUUCUGAUAGUAGACGAGGUAAUACAGCAUUAUAUGAAUGUUGUUUAUUAGGACUUGAUGGUGCUGAACCAUUAAGAAUUCUUCUCAAACAUGGAGGUGAUGCAUCUUGGUUAAAUGAUAAAAAUGAAAGUGUUAUUGAUCUAGCAGCAAAACAAAAUUGUCCAGAAUUAUUACAAGCUUUUUCUAAAUAUCAAAGUGAAAAAAUGCUUAAACAACAUAUGAAAAAUUCUUAUGAUGAUCAUACAAGAAUAAAAACUAUUCAUGAUCAUCAUUCAUCAGAAAAAUUAUAA